UUAUUGCAACAAGAGUUAAAUUUCAUUGGAGUAAUAUAUAGUAUUAUUUGGAAAUGAUAAAUUUCAUAAAAGAAAAGGUUAAAUGGCUAGCUAAGAAAUCAAGAAUACGUACAAGAACCUCCAUCUCAAAUUAUUUUCCACUGACAAAGUCUACACAUUUAAUCAAUGGAGAUAUAUUAUUUAUAACAAAAUAAAAACUGCAAAUCCACGUGUCAAACACAUGAAAACGACGCCGUCGGCUGCACACGAGCCAUGCCCACUUAAAAAUCAAAAUAAAAAGCUCUACGUUCCUUCUUCAAAUUUCUCACUUGCCAGCCAAGUCAGAAAACAUACAAAACUCUCUCUUCUCUAUCUUCUCUAUCUUCUCCAUCUUAAAGAUAAAAUAAGGGAUAUUCGUAAAGGGAGAAACACAAAAAUUCAGUUUAUAAAAAAGAGAAGUAGAGUAGAGUGUCGGGGAAGUACAGAAAGUCCACAAGACGUCUUCAUGUUUUUAUCAAAAGAUCUAGUCCUUUCGUUGUAUGAUCGAUCCAUCACAAGCCCACAACAACAACAUUUCUCUAUCUCUCUUUCUCGAUCUAGCUUCAAUUAUUAAUACAUAUAAGAAUCAAGAGUCAAGAAUCAAGAAUCAAGAAUGGUACGGACGCCGUGUUGUAGAGCAGAAGGGUUGAAGAAAGGAGCAUGGACUCAAGAAGAAGACCAAAAGCUCAUCGCCUAUGUUCAACGACACGGUGAAGGCGGUUGGCGAACCCUUCCGGAUAAAGCUGGACUCAAAAGAUGUGGCAAAAGCUGCAGAUUGAGAUGGGCGAAUUACCUAAGACCAGACAUUAAACGUGGAGAGUUUAGCCAAGAGGAGGAAGAUUCCAUCAUCAACCUCCAUGCCACUCAUGGCAACAAAUGGUCGGCCAUAGCUCGUAAAUUACCAAGAAGAACAGACAAUGAGAUCAAGAACCAUUGGAACACUCACAUCAAGAAACGUCUGGUCAAGAAAGGUAUUGAUCCGUUGACCCACAAAUUCCUUCAUGAUGGUGCCAGUAAAUCAUCUGACUAUCCCGAGACACCGCAUCCAGAGAAAAGCAGCGUUCGUCACGAGGAAGAUGAUCAGAAUUCAAAUAACAAAAAGUCGUCAGGAUCAUCAUCAGCUCGGUUCUUGAACAGAGUAGCUAACAGAUUUGGUCACAGAAUCAACCACAAUGUUCUGUCUAAUAUUAUUGGAAGUAGUAGCCUACUUACUAGUCACACUACUCCUACUACAAGUGUUUCAGAGUGUGAGAGGUCAAAUAGUUCUUCCUCCACACCUACCUCUUCGAAUCUCCCCAUGUACCAAAGCAUAACCGUUGAUGCAACAUCUUUGUCCUCGUCCACGUUCUCUGACUCCUCGGAUCCGUUUUUGUACGACGAUAUCUUCGGUGACAUUGAAGAUAUGACGAGAUUUUCAUCGAGAUGUUUGAGUGAUGUUCUAUCUCACGAUGAUGAAGAGUUCUUGAUGUCCGAUGAGUCUUGUUUGGAGAAUACUUCGUUCAUGAGGGAACUUGCAAUGAUCUUUCGAGAGGAUAAAACCGAGACGACGUCGUUUAAUGAUAGCCACGCGAAGCUGAUCAAUGAAGUUGAUGACUCCUUUGAAGGGAUUGACAAUUAUAUUGGAUGAGUAUAUUGAUGAUGAUGAAAAUUUGGCAUGUAAAUCAAUUAGAGUUUGAUUAAUUUGCUAUGUUUUUUUUUUAAUGAGUUUGUGACGUUGUUUGCUUCAUAAGAAACUAAAAACUGAUAAAACAUCGAUCAACCAAAAAAAAAGAUUGAUAAAACAUUCGGAUAUCCAUAAAUGAUAAUUACUGUUUUGUUGGUUUAGUACGCAUGAUGUUCCACUAUUGGUUUGACGACUCAUGAGUGGACAAGCUAGCUAACCGCCACAGCAAGCAGGUGAGAUACAUGAUAAUUAAUAUAUUAUCCUUUCGGUUCCACUUUUUUUUCGUUUCUUAAUUAGCUAGUAUUCAAUCGGUUCCACUUAAUGAAAAUAUGAAUCUGCAUAUUAUAACCAGUAAAAUCACAAUACACUGUCGAGUAUAUAUAUUAAGUA